CAAAAGUCUCAAGUUCAGCACUGGAGCGCCGAGGGAGACGAAUAAAGGUCCUCAGCGGUUGUCAAUUUUUCCUGGUUCGGCUUUAGGGGCGCGAUUCGCUUUCAAUUUCGGAUGUCUCAUCCAAUUAACCCCCUCAAUGUGCCCGGAGGUCCUCCUUAUCUCAGUUGCAUGCGUACAUACUUCUUUUCGGUGUCUUUUUUACUUUUCCUUUUGCGUGGACUUUUUCUUACUCACAUUGUGUGGAUUUUGCGACCUCUUCUCACUGUAUAUUCUUGGGUUUGCUCUGUAUCUUUGCUCCUCUCUCACUCACAUUCCCUGUUCGAACACCUCUUUCCUUUGUUUUCAUUACCACUCUGCAUUUCCUUCGGUCUCUGGCGAGGUUUGGGUUCUUUGGGUUCUUUGGGUCUGGCUUUUUGCAAAUUUUUCACGAUGGAUUGUUUACUUCUCUCUACCUUUCUUUUCUGUUCAGCGGUGUCAUUUUGGGUUGUGGGGGUUCUUUGCUCGUGGUUGGUUUUGCUUGUGUGCUUGGCGAUAUCACUUUGUGCGGUUUUGUUUCGUUUUCCUGUUGAUUUCUGCGCUUAUUACUCUAACAGCCUAUGGAGUCGACCCCGUCGGCUCCGGAUAUUAUUUUUUGCAUGCCACGAUGGGCUGCUGCGGCGAGAAGAUGUGGGGGAAAGAUGUAUGUAGCAUAGUUGGGAUUGGGAGGUGGCUUUGGGGUUGUGGAUGGGUUGGCGGCGGGUGUGGGGGGUGGUUUGUCUUGAUAGAUGUUGUUGCCGUUGUUGUUGUGGAGUGUAUUGGGGAUAUGGACGGUGGAUUGGGUAUGGGGGGAUUACGGCAAAGGGUAGUGGUGGGUUAUCCACUACUACAUACCGGCAAGAGGGGGGAUAUUUUACCAUCUGACCUCCGGGAAGGAUGAAGGCCUUUACUAUAAAGCAAAGGGAACUUAAGAAAAAAACAGAAUAGGGGAGUAUAUAAAGCUCUUCUCUUCAUAUAAUCUUUUUUUCUCUGUUUCCUCGUCAUCAUCAUCAUUCUGGGUUCCGAUUUUUCCGAUUUUCGCGAUACCUAUCAUCUCCACUCUUUUACCUUACCCGUCGAUCGA